CCCGGCCGCGGCGCAAUGCGGAAGAGAUGGGCCCUCUGGAGCGGAAGUGACGUUUCCGGCGGCUGUGGCGGUGGCGGCUGCGGGAGAAGGAGGAGGAGGAGCCCGAGGAAGAGGGAACGGCUUGAAGUUUCCGAAUCUGUUCCCUUUCCGCGUAGUGACAAAUCCAGAAGCAGGAAGCUGAUAAACAAGUCCGAACGAAAUACGCUCAAAAAUCUUUCGUUUUUCGGCUCCUCUGAAGAAAGGAGAAUGGCGUUCAGCAAAGGAUUUCGGAUCUAUCACAAAUUGGAUCCCCCACCUUUCAGUCUCAUAGUGGAAACUAGGCAUAAGGAGGAAUGUCUCAUGUUCGAGUCUGGGGCUGUAGCUGUGCUUUCAUCUGCAGAAAAAGAGGCAAUCAAGGGUACAUACUCCAAAGUACUGGAUGCAUAUGGACUCUUAGGUGUUUUACGAUUAAAUCUUGGUGAUACCAUGUUACAUUACCUGGUCUUAGUCACCGGGUGUAUGUCUGUUGGAAAAAUUCAAGAAUCUGAAGUUUUCCGAGUUACUUCCACUGAAUUUAUAUCGCUACGAGUUGAUUCUUCAGAUGAGGAUCGCAUUUCAGAAGUGCGAAAAGUUUUGAAUUCAGGAAACUUUUAUUUUGCAUGGUCUGCCUCUGGAAUCAGUUUAGAUCUGAGUCUUAAUGCACAUCGUAGCAUGCAAGAACACACAACUGAUAACAGAUUUUUCUGGAAUCAGUCUUUGCACUUGCAUCUCAAGCACUAUGGUGUGAAUUGUGAUGACUGGCUAUUACGCCUCAUGUGUGGGGGAGUAGAAAUCAGAACAAUUUAUGCUGCUCAUAAGCAGGCAAAGGCUUGCCUCAUUUCCAGACUCAGCUGUGAACGAGCUGGGACCAGGUUUAACGUCCGGGGAACAAAUGAUGACGGUCACGUCGCUAAUUUUGUAGAAACAGAACAGGUUGUGUACUUAGAUGACUCUGUUUCUUCUUUCAUACAAAUCCGGGGAUCUGUUCCAUUGUUCUGGGAGCAACCAGGGUUGCAGGUGGGAUCUCAUCGUGUUCGUAUGUCAAGGGGAUUUGAAGCCAAUGCCCCUGCUUUUGACAGGCAUUUUAGAACACUUAAGAAUUUAUAUGGUAAACAAAUAAUAGUAAAUUUGCUUGGAUCUAAGGAAGGUGAACAUAUGCUAAGUAAGGCUUUCCAGAGUCAUUUGAAAGCUUCUGAACAUGCUGCUGAUAUCCAGAUGGUGAAUUUUGACUAUCAUCAAAUGGUUAAAGGAGGAAAGGCAGAAAAAUUGCACAGUGUUCUUAAACCUCAAGUCCAAAAGUUUGUAGAUUAUGGAUUUUUUUAUUUCAAUGGAAGUGAAGUUCAAAGAUGCCAGAGUGGUACGGUUCGAACAAACUGCUUGGAUUGUCUUGAUAGAACAAAUAGCGUGCAGGCAUUCCUCGGCUUAGAGAUGCUAGCAAAACAGCUGGAAGCUCUUGGCUUAGCUGAAAAGCCUCAGUUGGUGACUCGCUUUCAAGAAGUUUUUAGGUCGAUGUGGUCCGUGAAUGGUGAUUCAAUCAGUAAGAUAUACGCAGGGACUGGAGCUCUUGAAGGAAAGGCUAAGGCUGGAAAGUUAAAAGAUGGUGCUCGUUCUGUUACUAGAACGAUUCAGAAUAACUUCUUUGACAGCUCCAAGCAAGAGGCCAUAGAUGUUUUACUGCUGGGAAAUACUCUUAAUAGUGAUUUAGCUGACAAAGCUCGAGCACUUUUAACUACAGGAAGUUUGCGUGUUUCUGAACAGACAUUACAGUCAGCAUCUUCCAAAGUACUCAAGAGCAUGUGUGAGAAUUUCUACAAGUAUUCAAAGCCCAAGAAGAUCCGAGUGUGUGUCGGAACCUGGAACGUGAAUGGUGGGAAGCAGUUUCGUAGCAUAGCUUUUAAGAAUCAGACACUCACCGACUGGCUUCUUGAUGCACCCAAGUUAGCUGGCAUCCAGGAGUUUCAAGAUAAAAGAAGUAAGCCAACUGAUAUAUUUGCAAUUGGUUUUGAAGAAAUGGUUGAGUUGAAUGCUGGAAACAUUGUGAAUGCAAGCACAACAAACCAGAAGCUGUGGGCCGUGGAGCUGCAGAAGACCAUCAGCAGAGACAACAAGUAUGUGCUGCUGGCCUCGGAGCAGUUGGUGGGCGUCUGCCUGUUUGUUUUUAUCAGACCACAACAUGCUCCUUUCAUCAGGGAUGUCGCAGUCGAUACUGUGAAGACUGGAAUGGGAGGUGCCACUGGAAAUAAGGGAGCAGUUGCGAUACGAAUGCUAUUCCAUACGACAAGCCUCUGCUUCGUCUGUAGCCACUUUGCUGCAGGACAAUCACAAGUCAAAGAAAGAAACGAAGAUUUUGUAGAAAUAGCACGGAAGUUGAGUUUUCCGAUGGGAAGGAUGCUGUUUUCCCAUGACUACGUAUUUUGGUGUGGUGAUUUCAACUACCGCAUUGAUCUGCCUAAUGAAGAAGUUAAAGAGCUGAUAAGACAGCAAAAUUGGGAUUCUCUGAUAGCAGGAGAUCAGCUUAUCAAUCAAAAAAAUGCUGGUCAGAUUUUUAGAGGAUUUUUAGAAGGAAAAGUAACCUUUGCUCCGACAUACAAAUAUGACUUGUUUUCGGAUGACUAUGACACCAGUGAAAAGUGCCGCACCCCUGCCUGGACAGACCGUGUCCUCUGGAGAAGAAGGAAGUGGCCUUUUGAUAGAUCAGCUGAAGAUCUAGAUCUUCUCAAUGCUAGUUUUCAAGAUGGAAGCAAAAUCCUCUACACGUGGACUCCGGGCACUUUGCUGCACUACGGAAGAGCCGAGCUGAAGACCUCUGACCAUAGGCCUGUCGUUGCCCUGAUUGAUAUAGAUAUAUUUGAAGUUGAAGCUGAAGAGAGGCAAAACAUUUAUAAAGAAGUAAUUGCAGUUCAGGGUCCACCAGAUGGUACAGUAUUGGUCUCAAUCAAAAGUUCUGUCCCAGAAAAUAAUUUUUUCGAUGAUGCUUUGAUUGAUGAGCUUCUGCAACAGUUUACAAAUUUUGGAGAAGUUAUACUGAUAAGGUUUGUAGAAGAUAAAAUGUGGGUUACAUUUUUGGAGGGAAGCUCUGCCUUGAGUGUUCUGAACCUAAAUGGUAAAGAGUUAUUGGGUCGGACUAUAACUAUUACCUUAAAAAGUCCAGACUGGAUCAAAAAUUUGGAGGAAGAAAUGAGUUUAGAGAAAAUAAAUGUUGCCUUGCCAUCAUCGACAAGCUCCACCCUGCUUGGGGAAGAUGCGGAGGUCACAGCAGAUUUCGAUAUGGAAGGUGAUGUCGAUGACUACAGUGCUGAAGUUGAGGAAAUUCUUCCCCAGCACCUCCAGCUGUCUUCAAGUUCUGGCCUUGGCACUUCACCGAGCUCUUCGCCCCGGACCAGUCCCUGCCAGUCACCAACCAUAUCGGAGGGCCCCGCACCGUCCCUUCCCGUAAGACCAAGUCGAGCACCAUCGAGAACUCCGGGACACCCAACUUCACAAGGUUCUCCUCUUGACACUCUACCAGCAGCCCAGCAGCAGCAAAGAGAUUCUCAGCCCCUAGAGCCCAAGAGGCCUCCUCCUCCCCGCCCGGUUGCCCCUCCUGCGCGCCCUGCUCCCCCCCAGAGACCACCUCCUCCUUCAGGGGCUAGGAGUCCUGCACCUGCUAGAAAAGAAUUCGGAGGUGUUGGAGCCCCUCCCAGUCCUGGGGCAGCUAGGCGAGAGAUGGAAGCACCCAAAAGCCCUGGAACAACACGGAAAGAUAAUAUAGGACGGAAUCAGCCUUCUCCUCAGGCAGGACUCACAGGCCCAGGACCUGCUGGAUACAGUGCAGCCAGACCGACUAUUCCGCCCCGUGCUGGAGUGAUCAGUGCCCCGCAGAGCCAUGCUCGGGCAUCUGCUGGCAGACUGACCCCUGAAGGCCAAAGCAAACCACCAGAAGUGGCGAAAGGGUCCGUUCUUCUUCCUGAACCGCUGAAGCCUCAGGCUGCCCUUCCUGUGCAGCCUUCUCCGCCCCCGCCUGUUCAGAAGCUGCAGGAGCCUCUUGUCCCUGUCGCAGCCCCUUCGCCUCAGUCUGCCGCCCAGCCCAACUUGGAAACGCCGCCUCAGCCACCCCCUCGCAGCAGGUCGUCCCACAGCUUGCCUUCCGAGCCUUCGUCACAACCACAAGUAAAAGCAAAUGGAGUCCCUGCUGUCAGACUGGAAUCACCCUUAAAGAGUGACCCGUUUGAAGAUCUGUCAUUUAAUGUGCUUGCUGUAUCCAAGCCUCAGUUAUCUGUUCAAACAUCAUCUGUUCUAACUCCAAACCCAAAGGGGUUGGUUCAGUUGCCUUCUGCAACACAAAGUAACGUGACUACUUUGAGUUCUGUAAGUUGCAUGCCUCCAAUUCCAGCCCGGAGUAAAUCCCAGGAAAAUAUGCGAUGUUCUCCAAACCCAUUUGUUACUAGCUUGAGCAGCACAAAUCCUUUUACGGACAGGACCGCCACUCCCGGAAACCCAUUUAGAGCCGAGUCUCAAGAAUCUGAGGCAACUUCAUGGCUCUCCAAAGAAGAGCCUGUUGCUAACAGUCCUUUCCCUUCUCUGAAGCCUCUGGGUCAUACCAGUAGCAAGCCCGCAUCUUCACUGGAUGGUUUUAAGGACAGUUUUGAUCUGCAGGGCCAGUCUACGGCAAAAAUCAGCAACCCAAAAGGAUGGGUAACCUUCGAGGAAGAAGAAGACUUUGGUGUGAAAGGGAAGUCAAAGUUAGCGUGUCCAGACUUACUGGAUCAUCAGCCAAGUUCACUUUCUGGCUCCAGCGCGACCUUUGAUGAUGACUGGAAUAAAGAUACAAAUGUUCCUUUCUGUGCGUUGCCAUCAAGAAGACCACCUCCACCUCCUGUCACUCUGCUCCCACCUGCCACCACCCCUUCUGGAGCUCCUUUCACAACCUUGGCAUCUAAGGCAUCACCCACACUAGAUUUUACAGAAAGAUAAGGUUAUGCAAUAGAAAACAAUUGUUUUUUUGUUUUGUUUUGUUUUUUUAGUUUGGGCAGGUUAGAGCCAAAAGAAUUGGGCAUUAGUUAUUCAUUAUGUGCAAUAAGUAAUUGUUAAGUGCACUGAUGUUGUCAUGAAAUACCACUAUUUAAUGUGUACAGAGUUGGAAUAUGUGUAUAUUGGAAAUAAGGAAAAAAAGUCCUUCUCAUUAA